CUUGAUGGAUGGCGCGGUCGGCGAAUGACGGCGUGGCUGAGCGGCACGGAGGCGGACGCUGGAGGGUAGGUGCUGAGAUGACCGGUAACUAACGGUCCGUCUUGAACGAGCAGAUUAUCAAGCAAGGUCUAAGGACUGUUAUUUCUGAGCCUACCAAGGAAAAAAAAUAAAGGAAAAAACCUCAGAGUUCCCUCAGACAUCUAUCAUCUUGUGCUUCUCAACACUUCAUCCUUCAGUUACUCUAAAUGCUAAAAGACCUCCAACUCUCUAAGAGGUAAUUUGUGAUCCACAGAAGCAAGCUAGAACAACAGAUACAGAACACAUUCCCGCGGCAAACACAGAAUCCAGCAAUAAGAGCAGCUCUGAUGGAAGCGGCAAAACGUGCACAUGAGGCACUUGGCUUCUUGUGGUAUUCUGAUGACCAGAAUUUCUCCUUUGCAAGUACCUGUACUGAGCCAUACCUUUUCAAGAACUUUCUUCAACAUUGCUGCUCCACUAGUAAAUAAAAGAAAAGAAUAUUCUGAAAGAAGAAUUAUAGGGUAUUCUAUGCAGGAAAUGUAUGAAGUUGUUGCUGUUGUGGAGAAUUACAAACUAUUUGUUCCUUGGUGUAAAAAGUCAGAUAUAUUAUCGAAGCGCUCUGGAUAUUGCAAAGCACAGCUAGAAAUAGGAUUCCCUCCUGUAGUGGAGAGGUAUACAUCGGUCAUUACCCUAGUGAGACCACAUUUAGUUAAGGCAUCCUGCACAGAUGGAAAACUAUUUAAUCACUUGGAAACAGUGUGGCGUUUCAGCCCAGGUAUCCCUGGUUACCCAAGGACAUGUACAUUGGAUUUUUCGGUUUCAUUUGAAUUUCGUUCACUUCUACACUCAAAACUCGCUACGCUAUUUUUUGAUGAAGUGGUAAAGCAGAUGGUAGCUGCCUUUGAAAGAAGAGCAUCCAAACUCCACGGCCCAGAAACAAACAUACCUCGGGAGCUAAUGCUUCAUGAAGUUCAUCAAACAUAAAAUAGAAAGUUGUAACAACCUCCAUUAUAAACUUGUUUGUACAAGAGGUGCCAUGCUCCUUCUUUGGGGCAUCUAUCUCAGAUCCAAGCUUUGAGUGUGAUUAUAUACUGUACAACACCCGUCAGCCAGCUGUAUAUAGACUGUUCAAACUGCAAUCAAGUGCAACUUCAGGUGUUACCAGUAACAGACAGUGGGCAGCUACUGUAACACAAGAUAUCUCAGGCUGCCCUUUGUGAACUUGCCAAAGGGUUUGUGUGGUCACAGUGUAAGUUCUGCCUUAUCCAAGCAUAUGGGGUUUUUCAGCUUUGCAACAUACUAACUCAAGUUUCAGUCAGCAGUAGUGUGAACGUAACCGCACGUCUGGCUAAGUGAAGGGAAACCGACAUUCACCUUUGAGGAGCACGGAACAGUUUGUCAAGCAUGGAGUAGCAGGUGCUUUUCAUCCAAGUGAAUGACAAGGGUAAGUCAGGAGUCUCCAACCAGCAACUGCAAUAUUAAAAACAACACAGCGUGAACACUCUUGAGUUUUCAGAAAUGAAGCGUAAGGGGUACACAAGUUCGAGUGCAGCAGUUUCAGCUGUAGCAGUGGUUCUUGGCUGGCUGGGCUCUAGCCACUGCUGAAUUUGUUUGGCAAGCUGAACUCGCCUACCUGCCCCUCUGUCACUGUCACAGAUUGCACUUUAGUUAUGGUAGAUAUGUUUCAUCUAAUGCAAACUGUUCCCAGUUCUAACACAACUUUAAACCAAGUAAAUAAACGUUACCUCUUUGAGAACUGGGGCAGGGAUGCACAACAUUCUGUACCACAGUGCUGUCCUCCUUGGAAGGAGGGAACACUUGUGCAGACAAGCACACCCAUGGCCAGCUGUCACAAAAACAUACAACAGAGAGCUAAACCAUGGUUCUUAGGGGUAGUUUUUUCAGUACCAUGCUACCAUUUAAUUAGCAGUCCACGGUGAUGGUACCAACCAUCUUGAUUAAUUUUUAGUAGUUCUAUUCCUUACAUUAAAAUUCUCUUUCCAGUCUCUGAAGAAAUGUAAGUGAAUAGGUUUGAACACAUUGUAAAUCCUGUCUCUCUGCUGCCUUGCUUUACCAAAUUUCCCUACUGAAAUUGGGUGAAGCUUCAGGUCAGGUGUUGAAGCUGGUCCUUUCUCCAAGGUGUCCAUAACCCACAUGGGUUACUACAGCAUAGCAUAUCGGUAUGGUUCAGCACAAAGACAGGCCUUGAAGUAGUUUCAGGCCAUUUAGGUACUUUUCCAGAAAGAGCAAUUGAAACUUCACACACCCUAUCUGUGAAGUUCAUACUGAAGGUGGGAACCUGGGAAAGUGACAGCUGGAUUGAGGUCAGUUUUAAAGCACCGAGAAGUUGUAAAGCACUUUUGUUUUUUGAGACAGAGUUAAACAUACACAAGUUGAGGAACAGCAUUGUUUUGAAGUUUGGAAAGCAGAAAAGACUACACAUCCACAUCAUGAGCUGUGUCAGGUGAAAGAACACAGUAAGGGGUAAAGCUAGCUGUCAUUUUUAUGGGUAAAGAAACAUCUAGUGCAAAACAAUUCAAACUAAACCCUGGAGCCCACUACCAGAAAGCUGGAAGACCAGGGUGGAACUCUUGAGGCAAAGAGGUAACCACCUACAACACUUGCACAAGCAUUAAAAAAACCCCACAACCCUUUCUUAGCAAAGAAAACUUACCUGUUUCAUACCUUGGGGGCACUUUCUCUCCCACAGCAUUGUGAAAGAUGCACUGGGUCUGUUCCAGCACAUGAAACAAGCGGUAUAGACAGGGCAAAAUAAAGUCAGUGCACAUGCCUUAUUUUCAUAGCAUUGUUUAAUAUUGCAAAGAACUGUAGUGUCAGUUCAGCUUAGCCAUUUCUUACCAAAUUUCAAGUCACUUAUAUUUCUCAGAAACAUUCUAGACAAAGGAAUGUUUCCUGGAGGGAAAUGGCCUGUCAUUUCCAAGCACAAGUGUCAGAUUUCUGGUACAUCCUAGGAGCAGCAGGUUAUCAGGGUUCUCCUGUGACUACGGCUUUGCGUGCAUAUGAAUAACGUGAUACAUGUCAUAACUUUUGAGCAGUUUGUUUUAUUACAUAAAGGUCACAUAACUGUAUAUUUGCCUACUUUGUACACAAUUGCCUAGUCUCACGCACAGUGGCUUCCAAGUUCUUCCUAGUACUGGCAAGCACCAAUAAAUUCUGAAACAGAA